AUGUCGGCAGCCGUGACGGCCGCUGACCGCGCGACGAGUGGAAAGCAUUGUGCGCAAUGCGGCACCUGGCUGCCCCGCGACGAGUACUCGAAAAACCAGCGGAAAAAGCCGGGGAAUUGGUCAUGCACCCCCUGCGUGGAGAAUGGGCUGCGCGCUGAACGGGAAAUGGAUAGGAUGCUGGCCGCGGCCGACGACAACGGAGACGCGAGGCAGGAGGCGAGGCGCAAGGCGCGGCGGGAGUUCCGGGCCGCGGCCGCGGCGCCGGCGCCCGCGCCCGCGCCCGCCCCUGGCCCAACGCCCGGGCCCCCGGGCCUAGAGCGCCGAGGCGUGAUGGCGGCGCCGUCGUCGCUCACCGAGGCGACGACGCCGUCGACGCAUUCGACGGCGUCCGCGCCCCGCGUCGACCCGUCGGCCGCGACCUUCGCGAUCGGGCGGGCCGCGGCCGAGGACCAGAACGCCAAGCAGCAGCUCAAGAUACUCUGCGACAAAUUCAGCGCGAGUCUAACCGUCGCCGCGGUCACCGACGCGGUGCCCCGGGGCUCCUACGCCUUCGAGUGCGUCGUCGACGGGUCGCGGUGCGGCGUGGGGACCGCGCGGAGCAAGAAGGACGCCAAGGAGCGUGCGGCGGCGCUCGCGCUCCGGACCCUCGCGCGGGCGCCGCCCAGGGCGGCGCCGGCAGUCGCAUAUACCGACCGGACGCGGGCGCCCGGGCGCCGAGGAGCCGCGGAUUUGAAGGGCGCGCGCGGAUCCGGCGUCCUGGGCGGCGCCGCCAACGCGGCCGUCGAACCCGUGGCAGCCGCUGCCGCUCGUCCUCCCUGGCAACGAGCACCCGGGCCGCAAGUCGGGCCGCCCGGCUUUUUGUAACUUUCUGUAUGAGUA